CCUGCCUUUGGGCUGCAGAGUGUCAUCCUCAGCCCAGCAGAGCCGGGCUGUGCUCCGAGGAGGAGGAGGAGCAGGGUCUGGGUGCCGGGGGUCGGUGCUGCUGGGGCAGUGCCGGGAGAUGCCAGGGGGCCAGGAGAUGCCAGGGGGCCAGGAGAUGCCAGGGGGCCAGGAGAUGCCGGGGGGCCGCACGCUGCGGCUGCAGCCCGGGGACCGCAUCGAGGCCCUGUGCGUGCUGGGCUCCCGCAUCCACGCCGAUGUCCACGGGGCGGCCCCAGCCGGGGCGGUUUCCUUCGGGGUGAAGCACACGGAGGGGGUCAGUGUGGAUGUGGUGUCCCGGGGCCACAACGAGGCCGAGCCGGUGUCCGGCAGUGGGACGCGGUGGCUGCUGCAGGAGGGGACGGUCCUGAGGUUCAGCAUGAGCCAGCCCAGCACCGAGGUCAACGACAACAAGGUCACUGUCAGCUUUUAUGGAGGGGAAGGGAAGCCCAUCACCCAAGCUGGAGUCUUCCUCACUGGCAUUGGGAUCUCCCUGGACGUCGACGCGGACCAGGACGGCGUGGUGGAGAGGAACAGCCCCAACAAGGCCAGCUGGAGCUGGGGUCCCGAGGGACACGGGGCCAUCCUGCUGGUCGGCUGUGACAAGGAGAUUCCCUCCGCUCCGGCGUCCGACUGCGACAACGAGCAGGUGUUCAACAAAGAAGAUUUGGAGGACAUGGCCCAGAUGGUGCUGAGGAUGGAGGGGCCCCAGCGCCUGCCCCGGGGAUACGAAAUCAUUCUCUCUGUUUCUGUCCGUGACGCUGACAGGGUUGGGGUGUUCCAUGUGCAGAAUCCCUUCUUUGGGCAGCGCUAUGUGCAGGUGCUGGGCUGCAGGAAGCUGUUCCACGCCGUGUCCUACCCCGGCGGGGCCGCUGAGCUCGAUUUCUUCGUCCAGGGGCUCUGCUUUCCCAACGAUUCCUUCUCCGGGCUGGUCUCCAUCCAUGUCAGCCUCCUGGAGACGCUGGCAGAGGGUAUCCCCCACACUCCAGCCUUCACAGACACAGUGGUGUUCCGGGUGGCCCCGUGGAUCAUGACCCCCAACACCUUGGCGCCGGUGAACGUCUUCCUCUGCAGCAUGAAGGACAACUACCUGUUCACCAAGGAGAUCCAGACCCUGGUGACCAAGGCUGGCUGCAAGCUGAAGGUUUGCUUCGGAUACACCAACCGUGGGGAUCGCUGGAUGCAGGUAGGGGGGCUCCAGAGGCAGGGAAAAGCUUUUCCUUCCUGUGCCCCAUGCGGGAUUUCCUCCCUUCUUCAGGAUGAGAUUGAGUUUGGCUACACCCACGCUCCCCAAAAGUGCUUCCCAGUGGUGCUGGAUUCCCCUCGGGAUAGAGGGAUGGAGCAACUCCCCGUCAAGGAGCUGCUGGGCUCCGAUUUCGGGUACGUGCACAAGGAGCCCCUGUUUGAAGCCAUCACCAGCCUCGACUCCUUCGGCAACCUGGAGGUCAGUCCGCCCGUGUCCGUGGGGGGGAAGGAGUAUCCCCUGGGCAGGAUCCUCAUCGGCAGCAGCUUCCCCACAUCCACAGGGAGGAGGAUGACCAGGAUGGUGAGGGACUUCCUCCAUGCCCAGCGAGUCCAGGCUCCCGUGGAGCUCUACUCUGACUGGUUGGCCGUGGGCAACGUCAAUGAGUUCCUCACGUUCGUGCCCACCUCAGACAAAAAGCGAUUCCGGAUGCUGAUGGCCAGUCCCGCCGCGUGCUACAAGCUUUUCCGGGAGAAGCAGAAGGAAGGCCAGGGAGAAGCCACCAUGUUCAAAGGGUACUCGGGGACAGACACGAAACGAGUCACCAUUAACAAGGUCCUUUCCAAUGACAUCUUGGCACAGCAGAACCAGUAUGCCCAGCGCUGCAUCGACUGGAACAGGGAUAUCCUCAAGAGGGAGCUGGGAUUGACAGAGGAGGACAUCAUCGACCUGCCCGCUCUCUUCAAGCUCGACAAGCAGGGCAAAGCUGUGCCGUAUUUCCCCAACACGGUCACCAUGAUCGUCCUGGCCAAGGAGUUGGGCAUCCCCAAACCCUUCGGCCCCGUGACGGCGGGGGAAUGUUGCCUGGAGCAGCGGAUCCGCUCCCUCCUGGAGCCGCUGGGUCUGAGCUGCCGUUUCCUCGAGGAGGUGGCCUCCUACCACGGCAGCCUGGGCGAGGUCCGGUGCGGCACCAAUGUCCAGCGACGGCCCUUCACCUUCAAAUGGUGGCACUUCACGCCAUAGCAAGACCCUCUUCUCCUCUUCCUCCUCCUCCUCUUCUUCCUCCUCCUUCUCUCUCCUCCCUCCUCCCCAGUGGCUUUUUCAGUGUGUGUUGCUUGUGAUUCACUUAAUAAAUAUAUUUGCUGUGAGGAAAAAGUCAUGAAAAUACAUAAGAAUGGGCAGUGAUUGUGCAAGAAAGGGAGGGAAGCCCUCAGAGGGGUGAGGGGGCAAUUUUUUUGGAAGGGUAGAAGUUUUUGGAAGGUGAUAGAAUCACCAUCCCUGGAGGUGUUCAAGGAACAACCAUGUCACCAAAAAUUGUGAGAUAAACUCUCUAACCAGUUUGUUGGGUUGGAAAGUCAACAUUAAUUAACACUGAGGUACAUGGAGAUCACUCCACAAAACACGUACAUCAGUUAUCAAAACUUUUAACUAUUUAUAAAUUCUAGCAAAUGAAGGAAUUGGUGUCCAUUGGUUUACAAAUUACAUAGUUCUCUUAAUUAAUUAGUAUUCUAUCUUCUAUUUGUUGUUGAUUUUUUGCUUCUCAUGCUAAUCUUCAGUCUUUUUAUUAUCUUUUUCCCAUACAGGGAAAGUCUCAGUAAUGGUCUUUGCUAAUUUCCUCUUCAUAUCUGGUUUCUGUGUCUUUGUGCUUUAUAAAUCCUACAUUCCUGGUGUCCAAGUCUCAACAGUAAAUUUCUCUCCUAGGUUUUGUUAACCUUUCUCCCCCAGGCCUGAGAACACCAAAGUACAUCAAGCCUCAAACUUUUGUUUUUCUAACACAUGGACAUCACCCAUUGCUUGCCUGUCAUCCCUUAUCUAUUCCAUUAAUUAAAUCUCUCAGCAUUUCCCCCACUGCUGCAUAAACUCCUUUUUUAAAAAAACCUUGUUUGGUAACAAUACUGAGACCUUUGCCUCCUCCUCUUGCUCUUCUUCACCCUCCUCCUCCUUGUUCUCUUCCUGCCUCUACCUUUGCCCCCAGCGGCUUUUUCAGCAUGUGUUGGUCACAACUCACUUCAUAAAUAAACUUGC